GAGCCAUUGAUACAUUUCCAACCUUCUUUCUUUCCCGAGUUGAUGGCAUUCAAACUGGCUCUUCCUUGCACUUAGGGAGGCUUAUAGGGGGACAUCCGAUGAAUGAGACUCGAGUUCCCACAACGAGCGCCGGGAGAGAAACAUUAUUCAAAGCAGCUGGACGAAAACUCUGAAGAAGAGAAGGGGUUGCAAGAGGCAAGCUACUUUGUGUUGUACUCUAGUCAGGGGCAAAGAUACUUUUUUCCUCAGUAUUCAAAACACAACAAAGAGGGUUUGCUUUUGGGACACAGAGUCACUUUUGUGCAAUAAAGGGUGGAAUCUUUUGCGUUAGCGUUCUGUCUGAUUACAGCGAGCUAGGGUCAUGCAUUGGACAUGAAUACAGACAGACUGAACGGGAAUGGAGAAUAUACGGGCAAGAUUCGGAUACACUGACGAAACAAGCCCAGAAGUCCACUGGAAAUAAGAACGCACCAGUUCAGUGCCAAGUAAUAUUUGGUGCACCACCUUGCAAUGCCAGAAGAAUCCAGCAAAGAAACAAUGAGAGUGCCCACCGCCCCAGAAAGAGUGCUCAUGGAAAAGACCAACAACAAUGAUUGUGUGGUGACGGCCAUCCCCCUGGUCAAUGAGGUCCAGCUGACUGCUGCUACGGGGGGAGCCGAACUCUCCUGCUACCGCUGUGUAGUGCCAUUCGGCGUGGUCAUCCUGAUCGCGGGGAUUGUGGUCACUGCCGUGGCUUACAGUUUCAACUCGCAUGGGUCCACAAUCUCAGUCCUAGGGCUGGUGCUUCUGUCCACAGGACUGCUCCUUCUGGGUUCCAGCGUUGCCUGCUGGAAGGUAAGGCUACAGAAGAAGAAGGACCGGCGAAGGGAGAGUCAGACCGCCCUGAUGGCCAGUCAGAGGAGCAGCUUUGCCUGAGUGAAAGUGACUCAAAUCUGAGUGAAACUGUUGGCAGUAACAGGACUGUGCUUGGGAAAUGGCUCAGUCUGCUAGCCCCUCUGAGGAAGAUAAGCAUACUGUGUCCAGAUGUUUAGUUGCUGACUGCCGUUGCUACAACACACCAGUGACCACAGUGGCCUCACACAAGCAGCAAUAACUGACCCUGGAAUUUCGCAGACUAUCAAGUGUUGAAACCCACAUUUGAAGAUGUUGCUUUUUCCACUGAAAUUGAUUGGCUGCACCUGGGUAUCUUGGAAGAUGGCCAGCUCGAAUGUAUCAAAAUUAAGAUUAAUAGCUACUAACUGGAGAAUGGGAAGUUUCCCAUUAAUUUAUUACUGUAUAUGAUUCAACUGACGAAAUGAAUAUUAAGUUGUAGUGAAAAAAUGUAGUGUGACUGCUCUCUUAAUUUCACAGUGACUUAAUUAUUCAUUUAAUUAUGGAAAUAAGGUACUUAAAUUCUUAGAUUUUAUAUGUAGUAAUUGCAUAAUCUUACUGCGUAUUUUAUUAAAAAUGAUGAAAUUGCAGAUACUUUUUUUUCUUCAAUAUUAUGAUAAUGGAAAUGAAUCACUCUAGAGAAAUAAAAUAGAUUUAUAUUUGCUAUGUAUUGAUCAGAAAAAAUGGAAUAAUGUACAGUACAUAUUUAUAGAAUAAUGUAAUUCACAGUUUAAAAAAUAAUUAUUAUUGUCGAGACAAUAAUAACACAAUUUGCAUAAACAUAGAAGGUGUGAAUCUAUGCACUUUUGAUACAUAUGUUGAACUUGUCCAGUGUACAUAUGACAAGAUCUGGAUUUUUUAUUGGCACCUUAUGACAGCAUUGCCAGGACCUCUUAUUCUUCACAGUAAGUGAGUUGUUACUUAUUGAAUUAAUUAAGUGCAUACAUUCUGCUAUAAAUUAACUUUCUACAUAUUUUUGAUAUUUAUAACAUUGUUAUGAUUUGGACUCACUAUAUAUCAAGUUUAUAUAGAGUGUUGAUGGAUGAUUUUGGUUUCAAAUAAACUGAAUGAAAAGAAAAAA